ACCAAUAGAAAUGGAGCUGUGCACUCGAAAAACCUUCCGUUUGAAUCAGGUAGACGCGAAGAAGUUCCACUCUGUGUCGGGAACAUAGGUCGGGAAGCAACAACUGGAAACAUUCUGGAGAAGAUUUCAAACUGAAUAUAUUCUCCUUGUAUGCAAAUGCAGUUUUUGAUCGAGCACACCUGGGAUAGCAGCCCUGUGAACCAUGACCCUAUCAGGAUUGUUUUCUCUCCUGGGCAAAGGGGAAUAAAAAUUAAGGUGUUUGGCCCCUUCUUCAAUGAUCCAGCCGGUCCAGCAGCCCCCCCUGGCCAACCCUUCCCUGGACUCUGGGAUUAUGAAGUUGUGGAGUCGUUUUUCCUCGAUAGUUCAUCAGAAAACUACCUAGAAGUGGAGCUCUGUCCUCAUGGACAGCACUUGAUACUACUGCUGUCAGGAGUCCGCCAAGCAUUCCUGCAACAACUGCCCAUGGUGUAUAAUGCAACCAUCACAGGCAACAGGUGGACAGGUGAGGCUCUUCUGCCCUGGUCCUACUUUCCUCCUAAUAUUGAUAAAAUGAACUCUUAUGCAAUCCAUGGCUCCGGAGAAGAACGCACAUAUGAGGCUCUCUACCCCAUCCCCAAAGAAGAGACAGUGGACAGCCAAAAACCCAACUUCCACAGUUUGGAGUAUUUCCAAGAUUUCAACUUGCAAAGCAUCAUGGAAGAGGGCUGGGUCCAGCCAGAGUCUGAUCUGUGGAAGGGAAGGCCCUAACCUUUUCAAAAGUAAUAACCCCCGCUAGGGCACCACCCUCCCUAUCACUCUCUCCACAAAGAGAGGACAGAUCUUAAGUUCAUUGAAUACAUUUUUUGAAAAUUUGCUUUAAGUAUCAAUAAAUUUAUAUAUAUAUAUAUAGAGAGAGAGAGAGAGAGAUCAAUUCUGUCACGCACUGUUAAAAUAUGAUUUCUUUAGAGAUUAAAAUGUGUAAUGUGCAAUAAAUCAGUUGAUCACA